AUGAAUUCAUUGUAUAAUUUGCGAUCAUCAAAAAAGAUAUCAAAUGAUAUCGGAAAAAAAGAAACAGAUGAAAUUGACAAAGACAUUUUAAAUUUACUUCAACUUGAUGACGAUGAAGAAUCUGAUACUGAAACGAAUGCUGACGAUGAUGAUGAAGUCAGACAACAUGAUACAGACACUGAGCAAUCGCAAUCCGAAAGUUUUGAGGAUACUGAUGGAUCUGAAGAUGAAAAUAAUAAUAAUAGUUCUAAAUAUGUACUUGGGAAAGACAAUUUAACUAGAUGGGAACUCAAUCCACCUAAUCAACGAGUGAGAACGUCUAAAGCAAAUAUUAUUACACAUCUUCCAGGCGUAAAAGGUUCGGCUAAAGAUUUACACACUAUUCUGGAUAUUUGGAAAUUAUUUUUUCCAUUACCAACCGUGCAAGAAAUCGUAUCAUGUACGAAUAUUUAUUUAGAAAAAUUACGGACAGAAAGGUCAUACCAGCGAGAAACAGAUAUUCAUGCUACCAACAUCAAUGAGAUUUAUGCUAUGAUCGGGUUAUUGUUUUUGAUUGGUUUGAAACAUGGGUCACACUUAAAUUUACGGGAAUUGUGGUGCUCUGAUGGAACAGCGCCUGACAUAUUUCGAGCUGUAAUGAGUAUGAAACGAUUUUACUUAUUGCUAACCGCGUUACGAUUUGAUGACAUAAACACUCGAAAGGAACGUAAAAAACUGGAUAAUUUAGCUCCGAUAAGAAAAUUUAGUGAUGAUUUUAUAGAAAGGUGUCAAAAGCUAUACACACCAGGCGAAUUUCUGACUAUUGAUGAAAUGUUAGAAAGUUUUUGGGGUCGCUGUAAAUUUCGCCAGUAUAUAGCUAAUAAACCUGCAAAGUAUGGCAUCAAAAUUUAUGCUUUAGUUGAUUCAAGGACAUUUUACACAUUAAAAAUGGAAAUUUAUGCUGGCAAACAACCAGAAGGUCCUUAUAAAUUAUCAAAUAGCGCUUUCGAUGUUGUCAAAAGAUUGAGUGUACCAGUUCUAAAUACAGGUCGCAAUAUAACAAUGGACAAUUAUUUUACUUCAAUACCUCUCGCUCAAGACUUGUUACAAAAUCAUCGAACCACAAUAGUGGGGACAAUCCGUAAAAAUAAAAAAGAGCUUCCUCAAAAGUUUUUGAAUAUUAAAAAAAGAGCAGUUGCUAGUAGUGAAUUUUUAUUUUCUAGUAAUUGUACUUUGGUAUCAUAUGUUCCGAGGAAAAAUAAAAAUGUCCUUGUUUUAUCAACUAUGCAUCACUCACCGGAGAUAGAUGCUGAAUCUGGACCAAAAACAAAGCCAGAAAUGAUAACUUUUUAUAAUUCUACAAAAGGAGGAGUUGAUACAGUUGAUGAACUGAAAGGAAAUUAUUCAACAGCUCGAGAGACCAAUCGUUGGCCAAUGGUUAUCUUUUAUGCUUUUUUAAAUAUAUCUGGUAUAAAUGCGCAAAUAAUUUACAAUAACAACAAAUCAGCUGGUAAAAAUGCAAACGCUAACAUGACUCGCCGUGAAUUUUUAAAAAAGCUUGCGUUCGAUUUAAUUCAAUCGCAUCUUCUUGAUCGGCUUAAAGAGCCAAGAUUGACCAUCGAGCUUCGUCAAAUAAUUUCAAGAAUUACAAAAUUGAAGUCUGAUGCUGUCACUGAAGAAAAUACUCAAGAGGAUGGGACAAGUAAUGGAUAUUGUUCAUUCUGUCCGCGCCGAAAAAAUCGUAAAACAAAAAAAAAGUGCAGCCACUGUUCUUCAUUGAUAUGUAAUGAACACACUGCAUUUUACUGUAUGAACUGUGAAAAACAGUUAACUGAAUCUACUGACUGA